AUUUGAAAAGACAGCCCCCGCUUGGGGUUUAGUGCUGUGUGUAGAACAUAUUUACUCCUCAAAUGCUCAGCUGAAUCCUUUGUCCAUUGAACACUGCAGAAACUGAACUCUAGGGUUAGGGUUUUGUGGUAAAGAGCAAGAUGGAGGCUGCGGUGGUCGACCCCGGCUCGAAGCUCCUCAAAGCAGGACCUGCUAUUCCCGAUCAAGCUCCUUCCAUGAUAAUUCCUAACCAAAUGAAGCGCAUGCUUGAUGAUGGAUCAAUUAAUGAUAAUUCAUCAUCUGAAGAUACCAUUGUUGAUCCAGUUGUGCGAGGUCUUAUUAGAGAUUGGGAUGCCAUGGAAGAUCUGUUGCAUCAUGUUCUAUAUACUGGCCUUGGAUGGGAAAUGGGCAACGAAGGGCAGAUAUUAUUUACUGAUCCACUAUGUACCCCCAAGGCUGUUAGAGAGCAGUUGGUGCAACUGAUGUUUGAAACGUUUAACAUUUCGGGCUUCUAUGCAUCAGAGCAAGCAGUAUUGUCACUUUAUGCUGUAGGGCGUAUCUCGGGAUGCACUGUUGAUAUUGGCCAUGGAAAGAUAGAUAUUGCACCAGUAAUUGAAGGUGCUGUUCAGCACAUUGCCUCAAGAAGGUUUGAAAUUGGAGGUAUGGAUUUGACGAAGUUACUUGCUGAAGAGCUUGGGAAAUCCAAUCCUUUGGUGAAUAUCAAGAUGUCUGAUAUUGAGAAAAUAAAAGAGCAAUAUUCAUGUUGUGCUGAAGAUGAACUUGCUUAUGAAAAGACCAAAAAUGCAUGCCAGACAGAGCAACAUACUCUUCCUGAUGGACAGGUCAUUACGAUUGGAAGAGAAAAAUAUACUGUUGGUGAGGCUUUAUUCCAACCAUCUAUAUUGGGGUUAGAGGCUCAUGGGAUUGUUGAGCAGCUUGUUCGUUGUAUUUCAACAGUGUCGUCUGAUAAUCACCGUCAAUUGCUGGAAAAUACUGUACUGUGUGGUGGCACUGCUUCUAUGACUGGUUUUGAAGAAAGGUUUCAGAAAGAAGCUGGUCUAUGCUCAUCUGCUGUCCGUCCUGCUUUAAUUAAGCCUCCAGAAUAUAUGCCGGAGAAUUUGUCAAUGUAUUCAGCAUGGGUGGGAGGUGCCAUACUAGCCAAAGUUGUGUUCCCCCAAAAUCAGCAUGUAACCAAAGCAGACUAUGAUGAAACUGGACCUUCCGUUGUUCAUCGGAAAUGCUUCUGAGGAUUCUUUGUCGGGUCUAUAGAGAGAUUGCAGAAUUCUGGCCAUUUCUUCCGUCUCUUCAUCUCCAUUUGCUGAAGAUAUUUCGUAGUGUGCUCACCCUUAGAGGGCUCAUGUCUUUUAAGCCUAAGAUCACCACCAAUUCCUGACCUUAUUGGAGAGCAAGGACGAGAGAUUUGCAUCAAGGAAAUUAUAGGAGCUUAUGAAGCAAGGAUAGGGUGGAAAACUAGGAGCUUGAGGUUUACUUCAUAUGCACGGAGGUUUUGGAAACCUUUCAAGCUUCACAUUAUAUUACUUUUGAAAUUAUUGCCAUGCUUAAGAGCAUUUACCCCUCCACCAAAGUCCUAGGUUCAAUUUCCCCCGCCCCCAAUAUUGUUUGUAUCAGAAAUUAUUGCCAUGCUUGGCUUUAUUUUUCUUCGUAACAAAUUUUAGUUAAACACAAAGAAUUCUGCA